AUGGGUGCUAUAUUGAAGCGCUCGAAGUCGCUUUUGGUUCUUUGGGAUUCCUCUUACACCUCUAGGCUCUGGUGCAUGUUUGAAAUCGCUGCAUUCCUGCAUGGCAAGGGCCCUUCUGCAGACGCGCAGCGGCACCUUGUGGCCUGCCCGGUGUUUGUUGGCCCCACAUUACUGCUAGGGCACCUCGGUUUGAGCAUACUCCUGCUAGCCUUCGAAUUUUCGCAGCUGCCAAUGAUUCCUUGGGGUACUAUAAUCAUAUGUGGUCUGUGCUUCCCCUGCUUCACAGCGCUCGCAUAUGUGGUCCUCGAACAUUGUCGCAGCAUAGAUGUGGUGCAGAAUCAAGUCCGCUAUUUCACCAUUGAGCAAUCUUUGUGCUACUGCUGUUCCUGCGGUCACACCGACCCACUCACACGUGAGCCCAUGAUUUGUGAUCGAAGCAUUCUGAUUCGUUGCAUUUCGUCUUGGUUUGGCUCCGCCGAGCAGUUCGAGACUUUGGUGCGGCACCAUGUGAUGACAACAUUGGUCCACCAACUUGCGAAUAACGUUUUCUCAUAUUGGCGCAUUUUGCAGGCAAUCAGCCCUCUGUUUUGGUUAUUUCUCGACUUCUGGAUUGGGCCCAUCGCAAGAGACUUUGUGCCAGUAGACAUCGUGAUUGCGGCUGUGAUAUUUUGCAUGAUGCUGAUACCAGGCAUAGUUCUGAUUCUACUCCGAUUGUCCUACAAGUUUCGAAACCUUGCCGCUGGGGUGCGACAGCAGCUGAUGCUGUCAGUGGGACUGGUAUCCAUUGGCAUGCUGCUUUUCGCGACGCUGAUGGCGGCGGACCGUGCGAGCGCGGCGCUCUCGUGGCAUCUUUGCGGCGAUCGAACUCCUGGGUAUGCGACUCUUUUGAUACUUUCGGGUAUCCUCAGUGUCUUGCUGUGGCGUUGCUUGCCCUUGAUUGACGCGCAAAAUAUCUAA